CUUUAGGGGCCUGGAGGCGCUGGACGCGCGUGACCCUGAGGCCUCUGUGCCGCGCGCGGCUAAGGCACUGACGUUGGAACAGGAAGCUGCAAAACUUUAAAAAGAAUCUUCAGAAUGGCUUUGAACCACACAAGCUAGAAAUUGCCCCAGAACAGCACCUUCAGCAUGCAUCUCCCCUGUUGGGCUUUCCCGGUGAGCUUUUUAAAGAGAUCAUUCUGCAGAGAGCCAGAGACCUGAUGCUCACAGAACCAGAUUACUGGACCCGACUUUCCUGAUAGAAUUGUCUUGCUUUAUUAUAUUUUCUCCCAGGGUUCUCAGGGGCAUGAAGGUAUUCAUGGAACUGAAGGGCUUGCCAGGAGGGAAGUAGCACUUUCAUGUUGAAUGAAAACCAAGCAAGUGACAGUUGUGACUAAAAACACUAAAACCUCCCACAUCUGAAUUCACUGGAUUGGGGACGCAAAGAAACAGGCUCUGCUGGGGAGAAAGAAGCCAUAACUGGAAAAGAACAUCCAAAUAGAAAGAAUGAGAGCGACUGGAAAGUAAAUGGCUGCCUCCACCUCAACAGAGACAAAGUCAGCCUCCUGGUGGAAGUAUUUUUUCCUUUAUGAUGGUUCAAAGGUAAAGGAAGAAGGCGAUCCAACAAGAGCUGGCAUUUGUUACUUUUAUCCUUCUCAGACCCUGCUUGACCGACAGGAGUUGCUUUGCGGACAGAUUGCUGGAGUGGUCCACUGUAUUUCUGACAUCUCUGGCUCCCCACCCACUCUCAUGCGUCUGCAGAAACUUAAGUUCGCCAUAAAGGUUGACGGAGAUUACCUUUGGGUGCUGGGCUGUGCCCUGGAGCUCUCUGAUAUCAGAUGCCAGCAGUUUCUGGAUCAGCUCAUGGGAUUUUUUAAUUUUUAUAAUGGACCUGUUUCUCUGGCUUACAAGAACUGUUCUCAGGAAGACCUGAGCGCCGAGUGGGACACCUUCAUUGAACAAAUUCUGAAAAACACCAGUGAUCUGCAUAAGAUCUUCACGUCCCUCUGGAACUUGGACCGAACUAAAGUGGAGCCCCUGCUCUUGCUGAAGGCGGCCCUCAUCCUGCAGACCUGCCAGCGCGCCGCUCACGUUCUGGCCGGCUGCAUCCUCUACAAAGGCCUGAUUGUCAGCACCCAGCUCCCGCCCUCCCUCACGGCCAAGGUCCUGCUGCACGGAGCUGCCCGUCGGCACCAGAGAAGACCUGCAGGAGGAGAUGCCCGGCAGGAACGUGGAGCGGUCCUCCCCCCAAAUGUCCACAUCAUGCCUGUUUUCGUGACGGAAGAGGAAGCCAUCAGUCUCCGUGAGUUCCCACGGGAGCACAUGGCAAGCUCGCCUGCAUCUCCAGCCAGACUCCAGGAGCGCUCUGCCCCACCUCCUCCAAAGGGUUGGAGCCCAUCUGCCCUGAAAGAAGACACCAGUAGACGUGAGGAAGCCGAGGCCUGGACGUGGGCAACCACCCCCGAGUCCAGGUCUCCUGACGCAGCUUGGCCAAGCGGCAGUGGAGAGAAUGGACAUGUCUCUGAUCGUGAUCUGGAGAGCAUCCAGCCUGCAGAAUUGCAUGACACUGCCAGGGACCAGGGUCCUGAGCUCUGCUGCUCCCUGGUGAAGGAACCUGGUCUGCCCAGGGGGAACAAGGACCUGGACUUGUCUGAAAUCCACAUUCCAGAAGCUCCGGAAACAGGAACAUCCUCAGGUUCUUUUGCCCUCUCGAAUGUGUAUGUCCCAGAUGGCAGUGGUCCUAGUCACAGGGAAUCUGUCAGCAACUCUGGCCACCUGGAACCCAAGCCACCUGAGGCCCUGCCUGUGGGCACAGCCGUCGGAGACCUCCUCUCUGCCUCCGCUCCUGCCGUGCUCACCCAGAAUGGAGCCCUAGAGCAGCAUGAAGACCUUCCUGGGGACAGCAGCCAAGCCCCCGUUCCCGGGGAAGGUCUCCUCCCCAGAAGGAAGAGCAGGACAAUGUCAUUGCCUCACCUAGAUUCCAGGCAGAGAGGAACUAAGCUUUCUGUGGGGGAAGAAGGCACAGAGCCACGUGUGGAUGGGGUUCAUGAGAGCUGCUCAGCCCCCAGCCCGGAAUGCCACCCGGGCUCUGCAGACCCUUCAGACGAUGGCCCCUCUGCAGACAGCGCUGACUCCAGGGUGACCCCAGCAUCCUGGGGAGAACUCGUGCGCAUGAACCUCUACACGCACAGUGUCAAAGGGCUGGUGCUGUCCCUGCUGGCCGAGGAGCCACUGCUGGGAGACAGGGCAGCCAUCGAGGAGGUGUACCACAGUAGCCUGGCGUCCCUGAAUGGGCUGGAGGUCCACCUGAAGGAGACGCUGCCCAAAGACGAGGCCACCUCCUCCACCAGAACGUACAACUUCAUGCAUUACGACCGCAGUCAGAACGUGCUGAUGGCCAACCUGCCACGGGUGGCCACACCCCAGGACCGCCGCUUCCUGCAGGCUGCCAGCCUGAUGCAUUCCGACUUCGCCCAGCUGCCCUCGCUGUACGAGAUGACCCUCAGAAAUGCCUCCACAGCUGUGUACGCCUGCUGCAACCCCAUCCAGGAGACCUACUUCCAGCAGCUGGCGUCGGCCUCGCGGACCUCCGGCUUCCCGAACCCCCAGGACAGCGCCUUCAGCCUCCCAGGCAAAGCCAAGCAGAAGCUGCUGAAGCACGGGGUGAACUUACUUUGAACUGCGGCCCUCGCCCGGAGCUGACUCUCAAAUCCAGUACCGACAAAAGCUCUGCCUUUUUAAACAGAAAAACUUUUACUUUCCUGGAAAUAGUCCCUUUUUUAGGAAGUGACGGUGUUGGAGUGUUUAAUCCUCCUUUUGCAGAUUGGAGAGGGACCAGGUAGCUCUUCAGGUCCACGGACUGGGAGCUCGUGAUCAGACCUUUAUACGUGGGCCGUCCUGGGGCCAAGACAGGCGCUUUGGCUCCUUGUAUAAAAGAGGCACAGGGAGGUUAGGUCCCUGUCACUGAGGCCCCUGCCACCUGCUGCCGUUCCGUCCCAGCCUUACGCACCACGGAAUUCAGGGGGUGGUUUUCUAGAACCUGGUUGUCCCUAGUGUGUCCGAGCCCUGCUUGCAGGGGGCGGUGUGAGGUGCAAGCACACAGAGGGGGUGGGCUUGUUAGCAGGCGGACCAGAACAUGUUUCCCAGCUAGACUGUCUGAGCGGUCCCCUGGGAGGGCUGGCACGGUCCGGGUGGAGCCACCAUGUCUGGAUUCUGGAACUGGACUGCUCAGAACGAGGAGCCUGUCCUGGGCAGUGCCCACCGCGGGGCCCGUGCUGAUCACGUGAAAGUGAGGCUGGGUUGGUGGCACCAACAGCCCUGGGUGGCAAGACUGGAGAAUUGGGAGAUGACAGGCCGGGCCUGCGUCUCGGUUAGAUCUCUGUGCCCACUUCCUCUUCACAGUGUCCCCAGGUGGGAGUUUCCAAAAUGUUUUAGGGCGAAAGCAGAACUGCUUUUCAGCAGUGCCGAGUGCGGGAACCACUCGUGCUCUGGGCCGCGGAGCCACGUCGGCUGCCUUGUGGGCGGACGCGGGGCCAGUGCAGUGUGACGCUAUCGACCACAGUCUCAGGGAACGUUCGCCGGAAGGUUCCAUCCGAAAACUGCGACCUAAAAAACUACGUCAGUGAACAGACAUCUGACGUUAUGACAGGCUGUCUUUUCCUUAAAACACGUCUCCAAGGGCUAAAAUAAA